AUGCGUGGAGAGCGGAUCGGCUUGAUACAACACGGUUGUUCAGUCGUAAUUGUAGAUGGGCCGGGCGAAGAGUGGACAGGUAUAGUGUUACUUGAUGCACCAAUCUCAGAGAGUUACACUGCACUAGGGUUUCCUCCAGUACAUCUUGCGUCGAAGCUGUUCUUCGGAGGCACCGAAGACUUUACAACGACCCCUGCUGGAGGCGUGAAUGGCCACGAUGGUAAUCCAACCACAGUCAACAAUCGAGGUAUGCUAGACGAGCUUGUUCAUUACUGGACUCAAGAAACGCCUCAGAGCUCCACAACAUCCAAACCGACUUUGCGCGACAUAUCGUACUAUCCGUUGAAGAUUGUAGCCGCUGAAUGGGUAAACUACAUCGCCGUCAUGGGCCUGAGCGUCCGUGAAUACGAACUAUCUACGACCCUUUCUGGCGAUCUCAUCGCACAACUGGAGAAGCUGAACACGAACCUGCGUAUUUUGCAAGGCUGGCGUAGACGCGUUCUCUCAACGCAAGCAAAACUGCGCCGCACGAUCCGCUUCAUCGAAAACCACGUGGACCGCAAACAGCCGAAUCGUGACUGGGAUGUGCUUGUUGACGACUUCGAAUUUAUCUGCACGGGGGUAGCUGAGCACGGGGAGAGGUUGGAGGCCAUGGUAUCAGUGGUGACAUCGACGGCUGCUUUGAUCGAGGGACGCCGCUCGCUCACAGAGACCGAAAAUGUAACGCGCCUCACAAUCCUUGCGGUUGUUUUCUUGCCGUUGAGCUACAUUGCAUCCCUAUUCAGCAUGUCAGAUGAAAUUCGACCUGGAGGCCCGCACUUUUGGAUUUACUUCGCAGUUGCAGUCCCUUUGACUUUCAUUGUUGGAUUGAUAGCUAAGCCUCCUGUAAGCAUUGCGAAGAGAAUCGCAGGGACCAUUGGCGAGAAGACUGCUUCGUUGAUGUGA